UAUUCUUAAAGCAUAGUCCCAACAACACUCAAGGAGCUCAAUAUCACUCAGGAAAAAGCAGCCUGCUUGAUUUGCGCUUCAUCCAAGAAUUAAAGCAUUCAUUCAUAUUGUUACCAUCAGCAAAGCACACCGUAGUUAAUCAUCAAGGCUACUCUGAAGCACCUCCCAAACCCAAGGACAAGGGUGACGUGUGUGUGUGUAUAUCAGCACCUAUAGGCUUCCUCAAAAAAUCACACAUUAUGACAUAGGAAUAUAUCAUUGCUCCUUCACUGACAUAGGGUCCAGGGAUUGGAAUUCCCUACCCAACAACAUUAGAGCACUUUCACCAGAAAGACAGUUGUGAUUCAAAAAUAUGGCUCAAAUCACCUCCACUGAGACAAUUAUGCAAGGGCAGUAGUAAAUGCUGGUCGUUUAAAAGGAUGGCCUCAUAAAUGAUCUCUCCUUGUAUCUCACACUACUCCCCCUCCCCCCAUUCCCACGCAUUUCUUUUCUCCCUCAAGAUCCCUUUUUCUCUGUAUACUUCACCUUUCAUUUGAUCCUCACACUCACCCCUAAUUUGGUCAAUCACUUCUUCCUCCAUGUAUCUCUUCCUUUAUCUACUUACAUAAGAGUAGGACUAGGCCAAUCAGCCCCAGAUCUCUGCUCUGCCAUUCAAUGUGAUCUGGGCUGACCCAGCAUCAUUUGCAAAUCCAUUCUUCCUACUCUCUCCCCAUACCUCUUGACUCGCAUUCAUCAACUCUUUCCCCUCCUCACCAUCUCUCGUUUGUAUCUCUCUUUCCCUCUAUAACUUCACUUCUACACUCUCUUCGCUCUGUCAGCCCCAUUAUUUGAUUUUUCUCUAAUUGAAUCUCCCCACUCUCCUCUCCUGUUUCUUCGUCCCAUAUUUCUAACUUGCCAUAUGUACCUUUCCUCAGCUCUCUCACACCCCUCACAUUCUCUCCUGUAUCUCUCUGCAUUCAUCACACUCCCUCUCUCCUGUAUCUCCCACUCACCUUCUCCUUGUGUAUUCUGCCCAUUCCCUUCCCCUUUUAUAAUUCUCCCUGUCGUUCCCUGUGUAUCUCACACUCUCUGUCUCUAUACUCUCUCCCCCUCCCCUUUUAGCUUUCAGUCUCACUGCCUUCCUCUUAUCCUUGUAGAUUUCUCAUCGUCUCCCCCUUAUCUGUAACUCUCCCCCAUUCCCUCUCUGUAUUUCUCCCCUUGUCUCUUUCCCUCCCCCAGUAUCUCUCUCCUGCUGACGUCUGGCUGCUGACUCUCCCCUCCGUUUUCUCCCUCUUCCCCUCUCUCCGCCUCUCUCUCUCUCUCUCUCGGUGCUGCCGCCUCGCUUCAUUCGCCUCCUCGGCUGCCGGAGCCGGUGCCGGGCUCGCCGCCCGCUCUCCAUCACUCGUCGCCACCGCCUCCUACUCCAGCUCGCCGCCUCCGCUCGCUCCGUGGACCCAGGGAACCCACUUUUGAUCGCCUCUGUAGUGCCUUACCAGGAUUAUUUGUCCAGGAGUGAAACAUUGAACUUCCUUGUUUGAAGAGUCUUCAAUUUGUCUUAGCCAUUUGCCCUGCAUACUCCCGAGACUGGGUUUGAGGAGAUCCAAGUGUAAACUCAAGGGACGACCCAGGAACAGCAUAGCUGAUUUUUGAUCAAGAAGGAAGAUCAAACUUUCAUCAGAACUUUGCCAAACUUUGAUCUGCAGCUGGUGACUAGUAGACUGGAGAGUACUUCCCUCAAAACAAAAGAGAAGAGAAAAUUGACUUACUAAAUAAGCAGCAACAAUGUCAACAAACAACAUAGCUCAGGCAAGGAAAAUGGUGGAACAAUUGAGGAUUGAAGCUGGUAUUGAAAGAAUCAAGGUUUCAAAGGCAGCUGUAGAUUUGAUGAACUACUGUGAGCAGCAUGCACGGAAUGACCCAUUGCUCGUCGGAGUUCCAGCCUCUGAAAAUCCCUUCAAGGAUAAAAAACCUUGCACCAUCCUAUAGCUGCUGCCAGCCAUCUUUACGCAAACUGACCACAGCAUCAGAAGACCUGUCAAGAAUUUCUAUUGGUAAUCAGACCUUGAGAAGCAGUGCAGCUUCUGAAAUACAGGCCUGCUGUGGAAAUGUGUUUUUAAAAAAGGAAAAAAUAUUGGAUUCUGUUUGUUAGUUAGCUAAGCAUGUUUCUCGAAUUGAAGGAAAGAAGAUAUGAUGGGGAAGAGCAAUGAAAAGGAAUUGCUAUUUUGGACUUUCAUGAUAGAUUUUCUGAUUGUAAUAUUAAGAUCUUAGGUUUAAAAAAAAACUAACUCAGCAAAGAUAAUCUCUUUGCCGAAAAAUUCUAUAAAAAUGAAAAAUGUAUAUGUAAGGAGUGUACAUUUGGAGGGUGAUAAUACAGUUUGGGCAAUAACAUAUUAGAUGAAGAGAAGCAAUUGAAUGCUUCCAUUGCAUUUUUAAAUGUCACAUUGUUCAUUUUUAUUCUCAUUAGCAACUGUACUGUUAUUUAAAAAGUAGCUUUCCUUCCCCUUUCCUUUUAAAUUCCAUAUUUACAUCACCAAAGUACUGGCCAAGGGAAAACAAUGUAAAUAAUGUUCAAUCUGUUCAUUCCUCAUCUGUUUUCCUUAAAAAGACCUGGUGGUUGUGAAGUAACCAAAAAAAAAACUUGUACUAUCAGAUGAUUCACAUUUAUUUGUGGUAAACAGUAUUACAUAGAAGAGCAAAUUUUGUGUUCUGCAAAUGCAAAUAUUUCAUUCCCUUAAAAAAUGACACCAUAAGUCCCAUUAAAAAUCAAACAUUCAUACCACGUAUGUGGAUAUUGGCAACUCAUAUUUUAUGUCCAUUGGAACAUUUAAUUUUUUUGCUUCACUUGACAGAACAAAACAUCCAGCAAGGCCAAGCUUAACAUUUAAGAGUGUAUGCACACCCUCUGUUAAGCUUCUGUACUAAACUGUAUUAUAGCUCAUCAUAAAAUGUUUAACUAAUUAUAUAUUGUUAAUUUAUAACUCUUGAAAUCAUUCAUAUUGAUUUUUUUGUUUGAAGCUAAAGUUCUAAUCCAUUAUUUGCAGCAUAUUACUUCUACCAACAGUAUUCACUUGCCAUGUAAAGAAUCUGUUCAGUAGCAUAUCAGCAGCUACAGAAUGAAAAAGAAAUUCUUGAAAUGUCAGUAAAAACCUAAAGCAAAGGCAAAGAUUAGGUAGCAAAUGUUUGACCAUGUGACAAUGAGCUACAGCCUUUCACUUGUCCCUGUACAUUAGAUCAAACCUCCUAAGGAAUGUAAAUUGUAGUUGUGUGCCAAAAACCAUGAAAAUGCCAAGUGAUUUAUGUCAUUGAGAAGUGCUAGAAUUCUUGAGAACCACAAAUUUUUAUAUAUAAAAAAAUUAUCUUGUAAGACAAGAGCUUAAACACUUGUCACGUUUUUUUCUGUUUAACAUAUUUAAGCAGAUUGCAUGUGCUUUGUUCUAUCAGCUGCCUUGAUAUGUCAUCUCAUGAAUGUCACAAGUUACUCUGUGACAAAAUGCUUCUUAUUUACAUCUUAAUGCCCAGCAAUUAAUUUCUUGCAUUAAAAUCAAACCAUUUGAAAUCACAGUUAUGUAAAGGAAAACUCUUUAAGACUAUUCUUUUGUUUACUAGUUUUAUGAUGGACAGUAGAUUUUUUGACACAGAAUAAUAUUGCAGUGACAUGCCAGUGCUGCCACCUUUGCUUAUUCUCUUUCAACCCUUUUUGGUAAUUUUUACAGUGCCUUUUAAUUUUGGGAAAAUAAAAUGGAAAAGCCUUUGUUAUCUUACAUUGGUUAUUAAAUUUACCAUCUUUCCUUUGAUAUUGCCAAAUCAAAGAUCUAUUCCUUAAAAAAACAAACUCACUGGAAAUUUGAAAGUUAUUAAGUGAGAUUUUCUCAAAUUCCUCUACAUUGACAUUUGAAUUUUAAAAAUAUAGCCAUGUAUUUAUGUUCCCAGUUGUGAUUGCAGAUUUGCAUCAUUGCAUUUUUAUUCAAUAUAAUCUUGUACAUACAGACUUAUGUCUAACCCUUCUGUGAACGUAAGUUGCCUGGAAGGUUGAAAAUAAUUGGAGUUGUACAUUGAUGUUGUAACAUACAGUGCCAUAGAGCUAUAGGUCUCAACUUUGAACCUCAUGAGUUGUGAUGCAAAGCUAAUUUCAAAGUGGUGUGUUGUAAAGGUUCUAUAUGAAUGACAAAUUCUUUCCUGAGAAAUCUAGAGGUGAACAUGUACAAGUUAUUGCCAAAUUUCUCUCAAAGGUUUUAUUGACAUAGGCCUGGGACCAGGCCACUUCACCUCCCUUCUGUAUAGUAAAUCAUACAGUGUACAGGCCCAAAGAGCAAGUAAGAAAAUAUUCCUUUCUCUGUCCAAAGUGGUGUUUUUAAAGUAAGAUAUAACAUACACAGUAUACUGUAGGUUAUCACCCUCAUUCAAGGACCAUCCAUUAAAGUUCAUCCAGAAAUGCUCAUCUGAUGCUCCUUGACUUUCUAAAACAGUUCCAUGGCAAAAUUGGUGGGAAAACAUUUUCCUUUCAGAUCUCAUCACUUUCUCCUAAUUUUUCUUACUCUUUGUAAAUAUAUUAUGGCAUUCCCACCUUUCCAAAGUUUAGCUAGCUGGGUGAUGGCAUUAGAAUCACGCCUGAAGUGCCAUUGCAAAUUGCGAAGGACAAGAUCCUUGUGAGAGGAAUAUUAGGUAGUUACAGUGUUGAGGAAAAUGUAUCAUUAAAUGUAAGGACAUUUACACUGAGAUUUAUAGAACUUAAUUAACUUGUUGCCCAGGCAUUAAAUCCCACUGGAAAUGCCCUUGUCUCUCAGUACUGUUUAAUCCUCAUACCAGUUUUUAAACCCAAGGUGAGAAUAAUCUAGAAAUGAAAUGGGCAACUUGUUCCACUUUGCAGUGUUAGAUGAAUUAGACUUUUGAACUCAACUCAUCCUUCAGAAAAUCUGACACUUAUUUGAUAAUUCCAGUAAAUAUUUUAUCAAUCUUGCUAAACUGAGUUUGCCAUGUUUGUGAAUAUAUUUGGGAAACCUCCUGAUCCCAGACACAUGGCAUGUUGUUAUUAUCUUCUAGGAAAUUAUCCAUAGGGUUUGUUUUUGACAAAUCAUCUGCCCUUAAUAACAGUUGAUGCUGCCAUGCUAUCAGCAGUAUUGAUAGUCAAGGCAUUGGAGAGCAUCAUUGAAUCACUCAUUCUCAAUACCAUUUAUUGUAGGAUAUUUUCCUCACCUCUGAAACAGAAGUAUUCCCUCACUGUUGAAACAGUGAAGAAUAAUUUUCUUUAAUAGAUAACAUGGUAUAAUGAAUGUGUGUGGAGAACAAAUUUUGCAUUAACUUUGUAAAGAGAGGAAACAGUUAGUGGAUCUUUCAACAGUGUAAAAGAUCCAAAAAUGAAAAGAGAUAGUUGAUUGGUCAAUAAAAAAGAAAAAAGAUUGUGAAUUCAUAAGAGUAUCUUUCAGGACAUCAGGAUGUGCCAAAGUGUUUUAAAGUUAAUGAAAUAAUUUCGAAGGCUCGAACUAUAAGUUGCCAUUAUAAAGUAAGGUUAUGCAGGACCAAAUUGUGAUUACCCUUGAGAUAAUAGCAAAUAAUUGCUCUUUGUGUUAUUAAAUGAGAGAUAAAUAUUGAGCAAUAAAGAGAAGAACUCUAAUGGUCUUAUUGAAAUAAUGGCAUGGGUUUUCUUAUAUCCACCUUAAGAGCCCAGAUGUUUUUUUUGUAUAUGCUAUCCCAUCUGAAAUGCAGCAUUCCUUCAGUAUUGCACUGUUAUUAGCUGAGGUGACAUAUUUUCUUGGCCAAAGUUUCUGAGUCGGAACUGAAAGUGCUACUUCUCAGCUAAGACUGACAAAGCAAACACCUAAAAUUAAAUAGUUUUCUCCAAAAAAAAACAGAAACCUAGUUCCCCCAAUAUUAUCUUCAUGUCAUUGAACUCAAUUUUUCUUUUGACAGUGCAAAGCAGAAAAGAUCCAGUAUUUGGUGCUUUGAAUUAUCGUUGAUUCGACAAUCUGCUCAUUAUCUUCUCUCUUGUUGUGCCUUGAAGGACUUCCUAAAUUUACAAUGAAAUCAGUUCUGUCAGCAGUCAGUCAACAGUGUCUGUUUUUCAUCAAAACUUUAGCAUUUAGGAAGAGCUUAAACCAACUCGCUCAACUUUUUAUAAAAGCCCUUUCCCCAUAUUAAAUAAAUCUUGAUGAAAUCGAAACUUUACAUUGUUCAAUAUCAGAUCAAUAAUCACAUUUGACACAGAGAAUUUUGUGGAAUAGAGCAUUGCAACUUGCCUUCACAAUGGUAAAGUUCUUAAAUAAAAAUAAACUCUGGUUAUUUCAGACCAAUUUUAGGAAUUAUUGUACUUUGCCUGAAUUCAGAACAUUACUCUUGAUUACCCAGAAGUUAGUUCCUUGAUACAUUCACAGCAGGGGGAGACAGAAAACAAGAAUCUCAAUGGUCCCCUCACUCAGUUACGGCCAACUAAAUCUCCUUGACACAAUUCCUUGAUUGCUAUGUUUUGUCCACUCUCAUCAGCUGCUCCCUCUACCUGAGGGACUAACGUAGACAAAAGGAAGUUCACAAGGCUAAUUCCGAGGAUGAAAGUGUUGUCCUAUAAAAAGAUGCUCUACUGAUUAGGUCUGUAUGCCUUGGAGUUUUGAAGAGUGAGGGUGACCUUAUUCAAACCUUUAAUAUCCUAAACAAGGAAUUGAAAAGUAAAUGUUGAGAUAUUUCCGCCAUCACAAACAAGGAGGCAUAGCUACCAAGUCAUGGCCUGGUCAUUUAAAACUGAGGUGCAUAGAAGUAUUUUCUCAGCCAGUAGUGUAUCAUUUGGAUUCUCUGCCCCCAAGAGUGGUGGAGGCCAGAUCAUUUAGAAACAUGUAGUAUACCAGAGGUGGCAAUAGAGAAAUAUUUGAAAGAUUGAAAAUCUGAGGAUUUUGGAGAACUGCUCCAAUUUUCUUGUGUUUCUGUGAUUUCUUCUUACCAGUGGAAUCUGUAGCUCAUAGAAGAAGUACUUGUCAACUUAUUUGUAUACUUAGGUACUUUAGGUAUCCUCCACAGCACAAAAACAACUUUGUUGGAUCAAACCACACUGGGACAAUGUUUCAGUAAUUGCAGUAAUAGGGGGAGGAAACAGUAAUUGCUACUAUUUUUCCCCCUCAUUUCAAAUGCCAGGUCAAUUGAGAAGGCAAAUCCUCACCACAAUACCUAUGAAGAAAUUGGUGAAAGCCAGAACUACUGACAUGAAAAUACUAAUAGAACUAGUUUCCAAUGCUGGUCAAGGCAGAAAAUCAUCUUCAUUACUGUGCCCAGUUUGGGAAUCUUCCCGUGAUCCUCUGCAUAACUCACCUAAUUCCUCUUCCUUCCUUGCUGGCUUCAUUUAUGUAAUUCCACAGAACUUAGUAUUAUAAAUAAUGAAAAUAGAUUGUACAGACUUAGUGAAGUGGGCACUCAGUAUUUAAUUUUCUUCUUAUUUUUUGGUAUCAACUUAGCGCGUGUAUCUGCCUGAGCACAACUCUGAAAAGAAACAGAUCGACUGAAUCACAUAUUGACAAAGGGGUAAAUUCAUCUAACUGUUGAAUGUCCAGUUCAUUUUCACGGCAAAUCGUUGUAAUAAAAGAAAAAGUAUACAAGCUUUUUCAAAGUAUCCUUCAUUAGAGGCACCUGACUAUGAAGGUGAGGCAGUGCAUUCAAAAGCUUUCAAUCGAACAAGACAAUUUUGAUCAUUUAAGUUUACGACAUAGCUGGCACGAUGGAGCUUUAUAUGUUCAUUUAUAUUCACCAUCCCAGUCCUAACCAACACUGAAAGGCUGGCUGGAAGAAUCACUAAAGCCAAGGUUAGCCCUAUCUGAAUAAUCUUUGCUCUUAUUGGUUUAAAGUUUUGUCACAAUAAUUGAGCAUGGCCAUUAAUGAUAUAAAAUCUAUGCAUCCUAGAAGAGGGACAACAGUAUGGAAGCAGAGCAAUAGACAAAAGGAUCAUGAUUAAGACAAAUUUACUUUGCAUCUUAAUGCUCUUCCAAAAGCUUAGAUUCAGUACCUAUGGUUAAAGAUCUUUGGUAAUUGUUUUAGCUGUAGGCUUUAGUAACUGCCCUAAAUUCAGAUGCAAAAUACCUGCAUUUGCCAUCUAGCUCGAACUAGGUGUUUGUUAAAGAGGGUUUCCUGAGCUUGUUUAUAUGAAUUCAAGCAAAAUAUCUAAGUACAUACUAAUUUUAGAAAUAAUAAAUUAGAUAAAUCUUGUUUUGAAUGUUUUAUUGAAGUGUUGCCUCCUUUGAAAAUCUUCGAAAUUCCCCUGUUUACCUACAGUGGAUAAUCAAUUGUACAAAUGGAUGGGUAUAUCUAAAAGGAUCAUAACCGUAAAGGUACACCAAUCUCUUUGAAGAAGCCGUGUUUUCGGCUUUAUAAGCAUUGUGUAUAACACAAUUAUCAGUUAAGUUGUAUAAUGAGUUUAACUAAUCACUACAGUGUACUGUAUUUUUCAGUUAAAUACUAUAUGCUUAAUAGCCUGAUGAACUCAUUGUGAUAUUAUAAAUAAUGACAGACUGUCUCUGCUGCUACUUAUGUAUAUUGUACACAGGGAUAAUGUGUGUUUUAUUUUAGAAAAAUGAGAAGCUUUAGGGCCACUUUGUAGAUGUAACGGAAUUUUGUUUUGCCUUUUAUACACCCUCUCAGCAGAUGCCUUCAUGAUUUUGAGACCCCCUGCUUCAUUUUAAAUUCCCUGAUGAGCUUCAAGGUACCAAAUAACCAUUCUGAUCCGAGAUGCAAGAUUGGUGACUCAUGGUUUGGUCUGAGUAGUCCCAGGACAUCUAGUUGUGAGGUACUGCUCUUGUGGAGGAUGGAGACCUGGAUACUGUGCCAGUCCUGCUCCUCCAGGGGCUUCAAAAUUAAUGUAACACCUGUAUUACCAAAUCUCUGAAGAUUGUGAAGUGCAAACUCCAACUUGCUCUAUUCAAAAACAGCAUUUGGGGUCCUACUUCAACCAUAGGAGUUCCCUGUUGAAAGAAUCAGUUGCCUUGGAUAGGCAGGUACUUUGGUCACUCAGUGGCUUCCUUAAAAAUGGAGUCAAUAACAAGGUAACAGUAAUGCACACAUGUGGGAGGCCCUACAGUCUACACCUGCCAUCUGACACUGAGAAAUUUCAUCUAUGUUUAAAAUCAUGCAGCAAUGUAAUCGACUGUUUCCCAACCGUAGGAGAAUAAGGACACUGAGUAUUCCAAGAAAAACACUUUACCCAAAUGUACGUAUGGAGUAACUUGAGUCACAAUAAUGCCAUACACAAGGCUGUUCAAUAAUUAUGAAAUUCAGUGAACACAGACCCAAGCUCUGAAUGAAACGGACUUUAAUCCAAGCCAUAUUUUACCUUGAUUCCAAUGAAUGAAAGUAUAUACCAAGAGUAUUCCUGAAAUGACCACAAAUGUAUUGCAUUAAUAAAACUGAAAAUAAUUUGUAGUGGAAGGGAAAAAGUAUCCAAAAUGCCAGCAGUUAUGUGUAUGCUUUCUGCAUACAACCUCUUCUAAUGCCCUCCAUUUCUAAUGAUACUUCUGUGUUCUAACUAAAUUAUACUUCUCAUUUACAUUUCACAACUUAAGAAACUGUGGUUUUUAGUGUUAAUUUUUUAUAGCAUAUCAAGCUAAAAGUCUUUUUACUUUGAGUAUUCACCUGUGUUUGUGUGUAUUCUGAAUGCAUAUAUAAGAAUAUGUACAAUUAAAACACAAUUAGGAUAAGAUAAUUAUUUGUAAUCUGUAGUUGUGUAUCUUGUAUUAAGCCCCUUACUGAAUGUGCUUUGUUGCUAUUAAAGCUAACAUUUAAGGAGUUAGAUUAUUACAAAAUGUUUUCACCUUUUAUUCUAGCAGUGCUGUAUGAAUUGUGAAUUGUGCUUGCUCUCUUGAUAUCUUUGUUGCCCCCUUUUAAUUAUAUUGUUAACACCCUUAUUGCACAAUGUUUCAAGUGUUGUACAAUUUUGAAGGAUGACUUGAUUGAACUCCAAAGCGUUCACACAUUAUUUUAAUAAAUUAGGUUUUUAAGAUA